AUGGAUCCGGUCCCCUACUCACCAUCACGCGGAGGGUGUUCGAUCCAGUGCCAUCUCUGCCAAACAACAUUCACUCGGCAAGAACAUCUCAGCCGUCACCUCCGCAGCCAUAAUGCAGAAAAACCGUUCCAUUGUGUGAAAUGCGGCAAAUCAUUCAGCCGCUUGGACGUGCUUCACCGCCAUAGUCAGUUGCAUAGGUAUAAGCGUAACGCGUCAGAAGGUCGAGGUGGGAGCAGCUCGAGGGCUUGCAAGGAGUGCGCGUUGAGUCGCGUCCGCUGCUCCCGAGGAAGUCCCUGCGACCGCUGCUCAGUGAAGGAAAUUCAGUGUGAAUAUCCAGUACCGCGGAAGAGAAAAAGCCAAUCCGGGUUGGGUCAAACUGGCUCGCUUCCUCAGACAGCAGAGAGCGGCUUCUAUCUCAGCGAUGUCAGCUCUUUCCAGCUUCAUUCGUCCCAACAAACUCUGAACAAUUCGAUAAUUGAUGGCCUCCCGUCAACUUCACACUUGUUAGGCGAAGAGUCGGAAAGUCAGGCCCCGAAUGCUGGAAUUACACAGGAUUGGCUGCCGUUGCAGCAAUCCGGCACACUGGCCAGUGCGAGUCCUGGGUUGGUUAGUGAAGGCCACUGGAUUGGGAGCCUGACGUCUGUGAAUUGGCUCUCCCCCGAAAGUAAUCAUUUCCCAGAAGCUCAGUUCGAGGAUUUACUGCUGCCAAAGGGCAAGGACGGAACUACCGCGCGGGUUGAGAGUAUGGAUAGACUGGGUGAGCACGCUUCUCAGACAAAUCGCAACAAUGCUGUCCCCGUGGGUCAGGGGAAUACCAAUGCUACCCAGCCCUCAACGCCGUUGUGGACGCCCUCGGGAACCGGACAAGCAUUGACGGCUGGCCAAUCCACGUGCACUGAUACAACUGAUACGCCGACAGUGCGACAUUCCGAAGGCGUGUACUACGUGGAAGGAAGUGCCGGACGGGCACCAUUUCAGGGGAGAUCAAGCUGGAGAGCUAGAAUGACUUCUCGCUGGAGCAUCGGUAAUGCGUCGGCCGAGCAAGGGGUACCAGACUCUGAGAGCUCCAUAAGGUCAAGGGGGCACUAUGUGUCCGAAACGAUCUACCAAUCCUGUCGUGAAAGACUCGAGGCAGAGUCAAAUCACUUCGGGCUUGGGAUAGAUAUGGACAGUAUCCCGCAGCUCGGUGAGAUGCAGGACCUGGUAAAUCUCUACUUCGAUGGUUUCCAUCCAUCUUAUCCCUUUUUACGCAAAAGUCAGUCCAUUUUUGUCAAGAGCUCAUGCUGGAUUCUGCUCUUGGCUGUGGCCGCAACUGGGUCGCGAUAUAGUACUGAGGCUAGGCAUCACAAGCUCGGGGAGUCUCUUGUUGAUAUGGUAGAUCAGCUUGUAUCGAUGCGGCUGCAAAAUCCUGUAUUGGCGGGCAGUGAUCCGACGUGGAAGCCAUGUGCUGGGUCUGACGAGGGGUCUCUGGACACCGUAACCCUCCAGGCCGCGUUGCUGAAUUCUAUAUCCCUUCUGCACUGUGGAAAGGAACACGGCGUUCGACGUGCCUUGCGCCGGAGAUUUUACUUUUUCGAAGCCUACCACGCUCUGAAACAGGCCACAUCCAUAAAGAGGAGGUCAUCGCAGUUACGAGAAGGAACCGAGGAAGAUACCUUUCAACAUUGGGUAGACACAGAGUCGCUUAUCAGGACGAGUUGGAUGAUCUGGUUUCUUGAUUGUAUUGCCCUAUACCAAUUUCGCCACGCUCCGCUGAUUCAAUUGGGAGACUCAAAAGCUCCUCUUCCCUGUCAUGAGGACCUCUGGGACGUUUCCUCACUAACCGAGGGUUUCAGCAAUGCAGACCAUCAAUCAGGUUCGUUUUAUUCACUUGGUCCCUUCGAACAGACCUAUAACCUGUCGAAGGCUGACUUUGAUAUCGCAUUACUGAUAGUUACCUUGCUGGAAGCCCUUGAGCUGCUCCAUAUGGAAAAGACAUUACCUCCUAAGUUGGGAAAUUUCAGCACUACGAUCAUCAUCUUUGGCAUCUGCCGUCGUAAUCAAGAAGCCACCGUGCAGCACCAAACCAACUUAACCCUUUGGUUACCCAGCGCGCAGAAACAGUCGCGCCCUCCGUUGCAUCCGAUAGAAGAGGCAUGGCCGCCAACUGUCUCCUCCCUGUCCAGGUGGCGAAGCAGCGCUUGCGAUUGCCUUGACAUCUUGCAUUGGAACGCAAAUAGCAUAGCUGCGAGUGUGGGUGGCUGGGAACAUCCGACGAUUCUGCACCUCCACCUCGCGCGACUUCUGCUGUUGGCUCCGGUACAGCACAUCGAGACACUUGGUAGCGAGUCAACGAUAUCUCACACUCCCCAAACUUCCAGCUCGACUGCAUACACGAUAGCUCGAUACCACACCCUCCGCUGGGCAAUCCGCGAUCAGUAUAAGGCGAGACUCUGCCUUGUUCACGCAGGAGCCCUAUUCUGGCACGUUCGACGAUACAGCAGUAAUAGCUUUCUGGAACCAUUUAGCGUAUAUACUGCCACGCUUGUCAUUUGGGCAUAUAGUAUGGCAAUGCACACCAUGCGAGGCCAAGGCCGCGAAAAGGCGAUUCUUUCCGAAACUCAUCUAAGCCCGCGCGAUCCCGUGCAGCAAGAAGCGCCGUGUCUUGAGGAGAUCGGUCUGGAUGACAAGAGUAGUGAUAGUGACGCUGAGGUGAUGGUUAUACAGCUCGACCGCCCGUGUGAUGAUGAGAUUGUUCAGAACUUUGUUCGCUUUGGGCACACCAUGUCCGCGCGCAUGCAUCGGGUUGGGGAUAUCCAAGAACAAAGUGCACCACGACGGAUCCUCAAGCAGGGUCUACGGUUGUUAACCGGCGCCUUAUCAGAUUCUGACAGAGCAGUCCCUAGUUGGGGUGUGGAAAAGUCCUUCAUUGAUUCCCUAAAUACCUUUAUUGAGCUCCCGAUGGUCACUUCAAAGAACGACAGGUUACCUGGAUGA